UUCAUUUAUUUUUAAUUUAUUUUUCUUUAAUUCUAUUUGGUAUUUAUUGCCAAAAUCGUAUAAUGAAUGGCCGACUUUAUGCUAAUUAUGAACCUUGUCCUUUUCCAAAAGUUGAGAUUACAAAUAGCACUGAUCCGUUUGUUGCUCCAGAACAAAACGUACAAGAAGACAAACCAUCAGAAACGGAAGGAAAGUUUGUUUUAGAAGUGCCUCUAGGUACAGGAAAUAUUACAAUUGAAGCGGAAUGCCCAUCAAAAGAGCCAGGAAACGAAGGAACAAUGAUCAAAUCGAAUUAUGUUAUAGAAUUAGCAAAAGUUGAAUGGGAAGGGGCUAAUGAACUAUUACUAUUUAAUGAUGUUGAUCUUUUAGCAUUUGGAUACCCAGAACAACCUAUCGGUAUUGCCUAA